AUGGCAUCCAAUUUGCAAAAAAAUUCUGUUAUCAGAGAUGAUGACCAAGAGGAAUACAAGGACAAUCCUCCACAUAUCUACUAUUAUUGUUCUGUUGAUCAACUUCCGUUACGUUCAAGAGAUCGUGCUCGUGUCAUAGAUUCAUCUAAACAUGCACAUAAAAAAUUCUGUAAAGAUGAUGAACCGGCUUAUAUUCGAAGAAGACCCGAUGGAAUCGAAAAACAAUACAGAAAAAAAUGUCUGAAAUGUGGUUUACCAUUGUACUAUCAACAUCAAGAAAAUAGUCAUAUAACAUUUAUUAUCGACGGUGCAGUAUCAACUAAAGCAAAUGAUUCGUCGACUGUUUAUUCACAAGUUUUGGCUAGUGAGCCGAAAAAAGUUAUUAAAAAUAUUAAACGAGAAGAUCGAGGCAAAACAAGUUCUGUGACAGUGUCAACGUUAGAUGAAGAAGAAGAAGAAUUAGAAGCUAGAGAAAUUGCCAAUUCGUAUACACAAAAUGCUCGUGUUAUUGAAAAACAAUUGGAACGAAAAGGCAUGAAUAAGCGAAAAGUAAUUGAAGAUGCUGCUCGAAAAGAAGCUGAAGCGAAACGUGCAAACAUUCGCGGAACACUGAUUGACAAAUAA